UUUCUACAGCUUCGUUUGAAUAAUGAUGGCCAUAUCAUUGGCACAGAGUAUUUAUCUGACCUUGUUGAGAAGGGAAAUACUGCUCAUGGGCAUGAUGACCACAAAGAUCACCAGGAGGAGUCAGAGCAUAAAAUUAAACUCCAUAAUCUUGAUCAAGAAGCUGAAAAUAUGGUCAAGAAGGUGAAGCAGGCAUUGGCUAACGGUGAAGGUUGCCGGGUAUAUGGUGUUCUAGAUGUCCAAAGGGUUGCCGGGAACUUUCAUAUCUCAGUCCAUGGAUUGAACAUUUUUGUUGCGCAAAUGAUUUUUGAGGGCUCUUCUCAUGUCAAUGUGAGUCAUAUAAUUCACGAUUUAUCGUUUGGGCCCAAAUAUCCCGGAAUACAUAACCCACUUGACGAGACAUCUCGGAUUUUGCGUGGAGCAAGUGGAACAUUCAAGUACUACAUAAAGAUUGUUCCAACUGAAUACAAGUACAUCUCGAAGGAAGUUUUACCUACAAAUCAAUUCUCUGUCACCGAGUACUUUUCUCCGAUUCACGAGUUCGAUAGAAAUUGGCCUGCUGUAUACUUCUUGUAUGAUUUGUCACCAAUUACCGUGACAAUUAGGGAAGAACGUCGUAGUUUCCUCCACUUCAUUACACGUCUCUGUGCAGUACUGGGUGGUACAUUUGCAUUAACAGGAAUGCUAGAUAGAUGGAUGUACAGGUUCAUCGAAUCAUUCACAAAACCAAAUGCUAGAAGUACCGUACGGUGAUUUGGGGUUCAAAACAUGUGAACGAGGAAUUUCAUAAUGCAAACCGUAUACAUUUCUGAUGAAACGAGCACACGAUUCAAUAGCUAUGAAGAAACUACUAAGUUAACAAACACCCGUGAAACAUCCCCGCCCCCCCUCGUUCCUCUCGUCCUCGGUUUAUCUAACUUUUUGAUAUUGUUGUAUUUAUUUUAUUGGGGAUUUUUUUAGUUUGAUGUUUUAGUGUGGGAUUGUAGUUUAUAUAUCAUUUCUUGUAAAAGUGACUUUUCACCUGUAUGGGACUUACCCUAAAA